AUGCGCCGAAAUGGCACGAAUAUUGUUAUGGUGCCCACUGGAAAACCCGCGAAUAGAACGAAUGUGGAAGAUAUUGCGGAGGAUCCCAGCAAUGUACUAGACACUAAGCACGGGAAGGACAUUAUGGCAAAACCGAAUUCCGACGAGGCCAGGGAAAUGGAAGAUCGUUUGCUUGAUGCGCUAACAAAUCCAGUGGAACUCAAGCACACUACAGCUUCUCACGAAGAGACUGCAGAAACCGAAAGCAGUGAACCUCCACAGGACGAAAGGGAACAGGCAGGUGGUCCAUCCGUACAUAUCACGUCAACCAAAAACCCGGAGGAGCCCGAAAGCAGUGAACCUUCACAGGACGAAAGAGUCACCGGUUUCGAGAGAACGGUGGAGAGUGACCGCGAUGUUGUAACUCCACCAAUAGGAACAGGUGGUCCAUCCGUACAUAUCACGUCAACCAAAAACCCGGAGGAGCCCGAAAGCAGUGAACCUUCACAGGACGAAAGAGUCACCGGUUUCGAGAGAACGGUGGAGAGUGACCGCGAUGUUGUAACUCCACCAAUAGGAACAGGUGGUCCAUCCGUACAUAUCACGUCAACCAAAAACCCGGAGGAGCCCGAAAGCAGUGAACCUUCACAGGACGAAAGAGUCACCGGUUUCGAGAGAACGGUGGAGAGUGACCGCGAUGUUGUAACUCCACCAAUAGGAACAGGUGGUCCAUCCGUACAUAUCACGUCAACCAAAAACCCGGAGGAGCCCGAAAGCAGUGAACCUUCCCAGGACGAAAGAGUCACCGGUUUCGAGAGAACGGUGGAUAGUGACCGCGAUGUUGUAACUCCACCAAUAGGAACAGGUGGUCCAUCCGUACAUAUCACGUCAACCAAAAACCCGGAGGAGCCCGAAAGCAGUGAACCUUCACAGGACGAAAGAGUCACCGGUUUCGAGAGAACGGUGGAGAGUGACCGCGAUGUUGUAACUCCACCAAUAGGAACAGGUGGUCCAUCCGUACAUAUCACGUCAACCAAAAACCCGGAGGAGCCCGAAAGCAGUGAACCUUCACAGGACGAAAGAGUCACCGGUUUCGAGAGAACGGUGGAGAGUGACCGCGAUGUUGUAACUCCACCAAUAGGAACAGGUGGUCCAUCCGUACAUAUCACGUCAACCAAAAACCCGGAGGAGCCCGAAAGCAGUGAACCUUCACAGGACGAAAGAGUCACCGGUUUCGAGAGAAACGGUGGAGAGGAGCCCGAAAGCGAAUCAGAAUGA